GAAAUUACUCAUAUCAAUAUGCAUUCCUUUUAUUUUGUCGUCGUCUUCGUCAAACUGAGCAGCAUUCAAACUACAGAGGCGCAAACAGAACAAACAAAACCGCUAGAUUUGUCAGUGCAGGGAUUGAAUGACCAACAAAUGGAACCAUUGCGGUUAUUAGCCGAAGUGGCUGAUAAAAUGCCGAAAGUCGAAGUAGCUGUCAAAAAUACAGAUGAAUCUGACAGUCAAAAUUUAACAAUCAAGAUGAAGCUAACAGUCAAAGAAAAGACCGUUAAACGAAAAAUUAGGGAGGAACUCAUAGGAAAGAAACCGAAAACGAAGAAAUCGCAGUGUAUUAUAUGCCAAGAGAAGGUAACACAUAUGCAAAGGCAUAUGAGAAUUCAUGCUGGUAAGAAGCCUUGCAGUUGUCCAAUAUGCAAGAGAAGUUUCUCUCAACCACACCAUGUGAAAAAUCAUAUGAGAACUCAUACUGGUGAGAAGCCGUACAGUUGUCCAAAAUGCGAUAAAAGUUUCUCUCAAUCAUCCAAUAUGAAGAAACCAUCGACAAUUAAUUAUGAUGCAUAA